AUGGCAGAUUUAUUCAGUUAUUUGCUGGAGCUUAACUCGACAGUUUUAGAGUCCAAUUUCAGCAGAGAAGAUUGGUUUCUUUUACAAGAAGAACUAGGACUUGCUACAAUAACAAAUGCAACAGAGAAGAACUUUUCCCUCCAAUCCAAGCGUCCUCUUGCAUUCUAUUCAGGUUUGGUCUGGACAACGUCUGCCAUAGCACUUGUUUGCGUCUAUUCUAUUAUCUUUAUUGCUGCUAUGUUGGGAAACGUUAUGGUCAUUACUAUUCUGCUCCACAACAAAAGAAUGCGGACUGUAACAAACACAUUUCUUCUGAAUCUAGCCAUAAGCGAUCUUCUUCUUGGUGUCUUCUGCAUGCCAUUCACUCUAGUUGGAAGUCUGCUGAGAAACUUCAUCUUUGGUGACGUCAUGUGCCGACUCAUCCCUUACCUUCAAGCUGUUUCUGUAUCUGUCAGCGUAUGGACACUCGUGUUUAUUUCCCUCGAGCGGUAUUUCGCUAUCUGCCGGCCGUUAAUGUCCCGACAAUGGCAGACGAUCUCUCACGCCUACAAAAUGAUUAUAUUCGUAUGGGGAGGAUCCUUGGUAACUAUGUUUCCGAUUGCUUUCCUGAGUCAGCUCAUUCAUACUAAUACUCCAGGGAAGUACAAAUGCAGAGAAGUGUGGCCUACAACGGGAACAGAAAGAGGAUUUAAUUUUUUUCUAGACGUGCUUUUGUUGGUUGUUCCUGUCGUUGUCAUGUCUGUGACUUAUUUUUGUAUUAUUCGAGAAUUACAGCCAGGAACCACUAGCGUGUUGUCUUUUGAGCAUCGUAACAACAGAAUAAAUGUCACUUCCACGGAAAACUUGGCUUUGGCAACAUCUGAUGAGCAGUGGAGGAAACGCCCCAUCUACCGGCGAACACCUGAGUCAGUGACCAAUAAUAUACAAACUGCAGCUCAUCCAUUGAUUGUUCGAGGUAACACAGAAAAAAAUCGAGUUUCGAAACGUAGAGUAAUCCGCAUGUUAUUUGUUCUAGUAGUAGAGUUCGUAGUUUGUUGGACACCUCUCUAUAUUGUCAACACAUGGGUUCUUUAUGAUCAACAAGAAUUUUACGCUAGAGUUGGACCCACCGGAAUUUCCGUUAUCCAAUUGAUGGCCUACUGCUCAUCGUGCUGUAAUCCUAUUACAUAUUGUUUCAUGUACAGUAAGUUCCGCAAGGCUUUUCUCACAAUGUUUGGUUGCCGAAGAAGAAAGACCUGGCAAUCUAAUUUCGGAAGCGAUCUUCCAACGGUGAACAGUGUAUUCAGCGCUCGGAAUACUAUCAGAAUAGAGGUUAUUGGACGUAGUGAAGAUAUCAGACUUUAG